GGCGGCCACGAGCCGCCGAGUGCCCCGGAGUGGACGCCCGAGCGCGGCUGCUGCAGUAGUCGCCGCGGGUGCUGGGGCAGCGGCGCGGCGCGGAAGGGCUGGCGAGGGGGAGGGUUGCGAGACCUCUGAAAAUCCAGCGUGACUCGAGACCAGAGUCUCGCCGUCUUGGGAGACCCGGGGCUCCGGGCACGAGAGAAUUGCCUUGCGCUCCGGGGGAGCACGCGAGGUGUUCGCCCCAUGGCUCGGACUUGGGGCCGCGACCCUUGGCUGGGUCCCGGGAUUUGUUACCUUCUUGGUUCCCUGCUCGCCGGCCUGCUCUCCCUGCGGGCUGUCGCCUUCAAUCUGGACGUGAUGGGCGCCCUGCGCAAGGAGGGCGAGCCGGGUAGUCUCUUCGGCUUCUCUGUGGCUCUGCACCGGCAGCUGCAGCCCCGACCCCAGAGCUGGCUGCUGGUGGGUGCUCCCCAGGCCCUGGCUUUGCCUGGGCAGCAGGCGAAUCGCACCGGAGGCCUCUUCGCUUGCCCCCUGAGCCUGGAAGAGACUGACUGCUACAGAAUGGACGUCGACCGGGGAGCUGAUGUACAGAAGGAGAGCAAGGAGAACCAGUGGUUGGGAGUCAGUGUUCGGAGCCAGGGGCCCGGGGGCAAGAUUGUCACCUGUGCACACCGAUAUGAGGCACGGCAGCGAGUGGACCAGGUCCUGGAGACGAGGGAUGUGAUUGGUCGCUGCUUUGUGCUAAGCCAAGACCUGGCCAUCCGUGAUGAGUUGGAUGGCGGGGAUUGGAAGUUCUGUGAGGGCCGCCCCCAGGGCCACGAGCAAUUUGGGUUCUGCCAGCAGGGCACGGCCGCAGCCUUCUCCCCAGACAGCCACUAUAUCCUCUUUGGGGCCCCAGGAACCUAUAACUGGAAGGGCACGGCCAGGGUGGAGCUCUGUGUGCAGGGCCCAACGGACCUGGCGCACCUGGACGAUGGGCCCUACGAGGUGGGGGGUGAGAAGGAGCAGGACCCCCGCCUCAUCCCAGUCCCGGCCAACAGCUACCUUGGGUUGCUCUUUGUGACCAACAUUGAUAGCUCAGACCCUGACCAGCUGGUGUAUAAAACUCUGGACCCUGCUGACCGGCUCCCAGGACCAGCCGGAGACUUGGCCCUGAAUAGCUACUUAGGUUUCUCCAUCGACUCGGGGAAGGGUCUGUUGCGUGCAGAGGAGCUGAGCUUCGUGGCAGGAGCCCCCCGAGCCAACCACAAGGGUGCUGUGAUCAUUCUUCGCAAAGACAGUGCCAAUCGCCUUGUGCCUGAGGUUAUGCUGUCUGGGGAGCGCCUGACCUCUGGGUUUGGCUACUCGCUGGCUGUGGCUGAUUUCAACAAUGAUGGCUGGACAGACCUGGUAGUGGGUGCCCCCUACUUCUUCGAGCGCCAAGAAGAGCUGGGGGGUGCCGUGUAUGUGUACAUGAACCAGGCGGGCCACUGGGCUGGAGUAUCCCCUGUCCGGCUCUGUGGCUCCCCUGACUCCAUGUUCGGGAUCAGCCUCGCUGUCCUAGGGGACCUCAACCAGGAUGGCUUCACAGGUGUGACUGGGAUCCGGAAAGGCUCAGGGGAGGAAAGCAGGGGCAGAGAUGUUGCUGUGGGGGCUCCCUUUGAUGGGGAUGGGAAGGUCUUCAUCUACCAUGGAAGCAGCCUGGGGGUUGUCACCAGACCUUCCCAGGUGCUGGAGGCUGAGGCUGUGGGUUUAAAGAGCUUUGGCUACUCGCUGUCAGGAGGCCUGGAUGUGGAUGGGAACCUUUACCCCGACCUGCUGGUGGGCUCCCUGGCUGACAUGGCAGUGCUCUUCAGGGCCAGACCUGUCCUCCAUGUCUCCCAUGAGGUCUUCAUUGCUCCCAAAACCAUCGAUUUAGAGCAGCCCACUUGUGCUGGUGGCCACUUGGUCUGUGUGAACCUAAGGGUCUGUUUCAGCUACAUGGCCACCCCCAGCAGCUAUAGCCCUAUUGUGGCCCUGGAAUAUGUGUUAGACGGGGACACAGACCGGAGGCUCCGGGGCCAGGUCCCCCGUGUGACCUUCUUGAGCCGUAGCCCAGACGACCCCAAGCACCAGGCCUCAGGCACCAUGUGGCUGAAGCACCCGCAUGACCGAGUGUGUGGAGAUACCAUGUUCCAGCUGCAGGAAAAUAUCAAAGACAAGCUUCGGGCUAUUGUGGUGACCCUGUCCUAUAGUCUCCAGACCCCUCGGCUCCGGCGACAGGCUUCUGGCCAGGGGUUGCCACCAGUGGCUCCCAUUCUUAAUGCCCACCAGCCCAGCACUGAGCGGGCAGAGAUCCACUUCCUGAAGCAAGGCUGUGGUGAAGACAAGGUCUGCCAGAGCAAUCUGCAGCUGGCCCACGCCCGCUUCUGUGCCCGGGUCGGCGACACAGAGUUCCAGCCUCUGCCCAUGGAUUCAGAUGGGACAACAGCUCUGUUUGCCCUGAGUGGGCAGCCAUUCGUGGGCCUGCAGCUGAAGGUCACCAACCUGCCUUCAGACCCAGCCCAGCCCCAGGCCAAUGGAGAUGAUGCUCAUGAAGCCCGGCUCCUGGUCACCCUUCCUGCCCCUCUGCAUUACUCAGGGGUCCGGGCGCUGGACCCUGCGGAGAAGCCUCUCUGCCUGUCCAAUGAGAAUGCCUCCCACGUUGAGUGUGAGCUCGGGAACCCCAUGAAGAGAGGUGCCCAGGUUGCUUUCUACCUCCUCCUUAGCACCUCAGGGAUCACUAUUGAGACCACGGAGCUGGAGGUGGGGCUGCUGCUAGCCACGAUCAGUGAGCAGGAGCUGCAUCCGGUCUCUGCCCAAGCCCGCGUCUUCAUCGAGCUGCCACUGUCCAUCACGGGGGUGGCCAUUCCCCAGCAGCUCUUCUUCUCUGGUGUCGUGCGGGGUGAGAGUGCCAUGCGGUCUGAGUGGGAUGUGGGCAGUAAGGUCAAGUAUGAGGUCACGGUCUCCAACCAAGGCCAGUCGCUCAACACCCUGGGCUCUGCUUUCCUCAACAUCAUGUGGCCCCAUGAGAUUUCCAAUGGGAAAUGGCUGCUGUACCCCAUGCGGGUGGAGCUGGAGGGAGGGCAGGGGCCUGGACAGAAGGGGCUCUGUUCCCCUAGGCCCAACACUCUCCGCCUGGAUGUGGACAGCAGGGACAGGAGGCGGCGGGAGCUGCAGCUGCUGGAGCCGCCAGAGCCACAUGAGUUACCAGGGUGGAGCCCAUCUUGGUGGCCAGUGUCCUCUGCUGAGAGGAAGAGAAAUAUCACCUUGGACUGUGCCCGUGGUACGGCCAGCUGUGUGGUGUUCAGCUGCCCUCUUUACAGCUUUGACCGUGCGGCUGUGCUGCACAUCUGGGGCCGGCUAUGGAACAGCACCUUCUUGGAGGAGUACUCAGCCAUGAAGUCCCUGGAAGUGAUUGUCCGAGCCAACAUCACUGUGAAGUCUUCCAUCAAAAACCUGCUGCUCAGAGAUGCCUCCACAGUGAUCCCAGUGGAGGUGUACUUGGACCCUGCAGUGGUGGGGACGGUGGGAGUGCCCUGGUGGGUCAUCCUCCUGGCGGUGCUGGCCGGGCUGUUGGUGCUGGCGCUGCUGGUCCUGCUCCCUUCAUGGACCAGGAUGUUUCAGGGAUAAGUCACAUGCAGGUCUUGUCCUCAGAGAUUUACUAGUUUAAUGCGGUGGGUGGUGAGCCUUGUAGUCGAGGACAUGGAGAGAAAGCUUGAGACCACUGGAGGCAGAGAAAUGUGGUCUGAUUUAACUAGAGCAUGGCAGGAAAGGCUGGGAAGGAAACUCACCAAGAAGGCCAACAGUGGAGCCUCUAGAACUGAACUGGGAGCCCGCACAUACUAGGUGCUGCCUGAACAGUGUUGUACAAAGUGUGUAGAGAACCACAUUUGUGUCUGAGUCAUAUGGAAGCAUGCACAUGCACAUGGCGUACAGGGAAUCAUCUCCCCACCGGUGGUCAUACCCUGGCCACAUGCCACCUCUGGGCCUUGUGGAACCAUGCAUGUCCUUGGGGCACUAUGGAGAACUGCCUGCACUGCCCCAGGCCCAAGAACACCCUUUGGUAAAUGUGAGUCGUUAGUGGAUGGGGCCCUGGAAGAGGGUCCAAACUGUUGGGUGGGAACCUGGCCAGUCUUAAGGAGAUUGAUGCCUUCAAGAAAGUGGCUCCAGGGUCCCUGCUCCCUGCUGUCAUGGAAGGGGACAGAGCAGAGAUAAGGGCCCCCAUCCCUCCUCAGUGUUCCCAUGCUCCAUCUCUUCUGUUCCCCUCCUCCCUUGACAUCCUAGUGUGGCUUUUUCCAUCGGAGCAGCCAGAGCUCAUCUCCCACCAACUAUCACUGGGCCCAUCUGGCCAUGCAGUCCUCAGCUGUGGAAGUUGGGGGCCCAGGGACUGUGGAGUAACUGUUUUGUGUGUGUGCAUGUGCGUGUGUGUGUGUGAAGGUAUCUAUGUGUGUGAAUGCAAGUAGAGCUCCAGCAUUCAGGGACAAGGAAUGUGCAGGAUGAAGAACUGAGAUGGCACGAGGGUGGUAUGGGUCUGAGGGACUGGGUGGGGGUAAUUGUAAGGGUGAGUGCACACAGCCUGGGGCAUGUACAAAGUGUCAGGUCAGAAAAUGACCAUGUGGGAGUGCAGGAGGAGUCAUGCAUGUCUUUUGUAUGGGCAUGAGUGUGCAGAGAGAAGUGUGCAAGGAGACAGUGCAGUCUGAGCAUGUGGGAGUCUCGGGCAGUCAUGAGUGAGUGUGCAAAGGGCCCAUUUCCAUGUCAGGCGGCAUGGCCAUGAUUUAGGGAGGGGCCCUGCCCUGAGGCGAUGCUGCCCAGUGUCCCAGUACACAGGGUGGUUGUGUAUGACGCUUGAGAGGGGUCAUCUGGACUAUGCUGAAGUCUAGGAGGCUGGGCUUUCCCUCAGAUAUCAUUUCUGUUCUGGUGGAUGCUACUGGGUCUCUUAAAAAGCUUGGGUGGAUGGAUACUUUUGGGGUCAGUGGUUCUGAUAUUCCACCUUCAACCCCCACUUUCAGACACCAAGGGAGAUUCCUUGGUCCUGCACACUGGGCCCCCGUCUGCAUCUUUCUUUUGCUGUGAAUGUCCCUGGGGACCCAGCACUGGUGCUGGCACCGGGGGAGGUGCUCAAGGCAGCGGGUGCUGCCCAGUUGGCCUCUUUUCUGCUACAGUUGGUUCUUUCUGUCCCACAGAUGGUGGGGGCCGGGAGCUGGGCUGUGCUGGCCACCUCCUCCAGGCAUCUCAGCCCUGCAGACUCCUCAUGUCUAGCCUUCUGUCUUUACAGAUUGGAUUCUUCAAGCGGGAGCAGUACCCCGAGGCCACUGUGCCCCAGUACCACGCGGUGAAGAUCCCUCGAGAAGAUAGACAGCAGUUCAAGGAGGAGAAGACAGGCACCAUCCU